AUGGAUUUGAUUGCUGGAAGCUUCAUAAAAAAUCCUGGUGGAACAAUUGCACCAUGUGGUGGCUAUGUUGCUGGUAGAAAAAAAUGGGUUGCAGCAGCAACUGCUCAUCUCUCUGCCACAGGACUGGGAAUUGACUGUGGCUCAACUCCUGGGGAUAUUAUUCGGACAUUUUUCCAGGGUUUGUUCCUUGCUCCACAAAUGGUUGGGGAAGCAGUAAAAGGAGGGUUACUGAUGGCUGAAGUCAUGGCAGGUCAAGGAUAUAAGGUGCAACCGGCAUGCCGGGUUCCUCGUCAUGAUGUAGUGCAGGCAGUACAACUUGGAACUCGUGAAUGCCUGCUUGCCUUCUGUGAGGCUGUGCAGAGAAGUUCUCCUGUUAGUUUUUUCACAAAGCCCAUAGCAGGUGCAACUCCUGGCUAUGCAUCCGAGUGAUACAAUUGAAAAUUAUUCGACUAAGGUGAUAUUUGCUGAUGGGACUUUCAUUGAUGGAAGUACUAGCGAACUUUCGUGCGACAGGCCAUUGAGGGAGCCGUUUGCAGUUUUUUGUCAGGGUGGCAGCCAUUGGACACAAUGGGGACUAGUUCUUGGGGAGAUACUGAAAGCUUU